AUGUAUCGUGGAUCACCCACGAAACUUCAUAAUCAUGUAUCACGGCUUCUGGCGGGUGGAAUUUACAAAGCUCCACCGAUUUGGUAUCCAGUUAUGAAAGCUGUUCCGCCCGGUUCAAGUGUUCUUCGUUCUCCACUCCAAUUUCAGGAACCUACUUUACCGCAAAGUCGGUGUGAAGGCCGAAAUAGAGUAAAAUCCUUCGCUUUUAAACAUUUACGAACAAAAGUUGCACGACCACAAAAGAUUGUCUAUGAAGAAGAUUCCUUGCGACGACGAUUCUACAGAGAUCAUCCAUAUGAAUUGUUGCGACCUCAAAGUUUAAUAGAAAAGGAAAUACCUGUUAGAGAAGAUUGGAGCACCUUAUUGAAUACAAAAAACCCUACCCAAAUUAAUGGGGAAAGCGUGAUAAAAUAUCAACUUUAUCUUAUGUCAAAUGGAAUGUCAAAAAGUGAAGCAUAUGCUGAAGCAUGCAAUGAAUUUUAUGCAAUUCGCGCGAGGCAAGAAGUAGCAGAGCGUGUUGCAGAAGAGCAAGCAUUAGUAUUUGGUGCUAAGCGAUCUUUAUCUCAAACUGAGAAGGCUUUCGUAUUUUCUGCUUUGAAGGCCGUUAUAGUACGUCUAGAAGGUCAUGAUAAACCGGUAGAUGUUGGCUAUUCCCAGGGAACUUCUGCUCAAGCUGUGCUUGAAAGGGCAUGUAAAACUUUAGGAAUAUAUGACUCUUGGAAUUAUGCUUUAUAUAGCGAACUUUUCAAGACAUGGCUAUGUGAUACACAUUUACUAUCCUCUCAUCCUGAAGAGGAUACUUUGUUAGUUCGGAAAAAGACACCUGGGUACCUUGAACUUGUAUAUAAUGAAGAAAAUCCCAAAAAGCGCCAUUUACCAACAACAUUAAGUCCGAAUUUAGCAGCACAAACAAAACGAAAGGGAGUCUUUGGUGGUACUAAAAGCGUUAAAACAUCUUUGAAAACACGCUUUCAAGCAGAAACCAUUUAUUUGACCACAAUAUUGUUCACUUGUGAUAAUAAAUUAUUAAUAACUUCUGGUAGUAGUAAAAUGUUUCCCACUAUUGAAGUUAUCCGUGAUGACAAAAUUUUCUCUAAUUUUGAGGAUGAUAGCGAAGAAUUUGCUCAUGUGAUAAGAACUUCGUUAGAUUGGUCUACUUCUAAGGAGACUUAUAAUGAUUCAUCAAGUGAUUCGGAUUCAUUUCAUUCUUUACAUUCAAAUUCGAGUUCGGUUGAUUUUUCUGAAAAUCCAAGUACCAUACCAUUUAAUCAAUAUAUAAAUGAUGAAACCUUAUGGUCACGUUCGUUUGGUUAUGCUGCUCUGAAAUUAAAAAGCGAAUUAUCUCUUGAAUCAUUAGGUACUAUAUAUGAACAUGUUGUGGCCAUGAAUUCAUCGAAGUCAAAAUUCAUUGUCGCUCUUCAAUAUAUUCCAAAUUGUAUCAAAGAUGAAAUCGCACCUGAUCUUAUCAAAACUGGCGCUCUAAAAUGGAAGAAUUUUGAUGAAAUAAAUAACAUUUAUCAAAAAGAUUUUCAUUCAAUUUGGUUAAAUUAUAUUGAAAAAUGGUGUUCUAGGCAAACUAAAUUAUCUCCUGGUCUUUAUUUAGGUGUUUUAUACACCGAAAGCACAUUACAAGGUAUCAAAAUUUUGGUACCAAAAGAGCGAAAACAAUUUAUUCCUUUAGGGAAAAUUCGUGAUGAAGCAAUGAUUACUGCUGAAGAAACUAGUUGGAUUAAAUCUUUGACUUGUCUUAGUCAAGAUUGUUUUAUGGAUUUAGUCAUGGCAACUAAAGGUGAUGAUGAUAACAGAACUAGUUUAGGUCAAUUUCAAGCUUCCUUUAUAAAUUCUUAUCAUAAGUUACAAUAUGAAACUGGUCUUACAUGGGAAGUAAAUGAUAUAUAUUGUGAGCAAACUGUGGACGUUUAUUUGGAUUUACGAACAAAUCAAUUAUAUACCAUGACAAAUGAACUUGAAGAAAAUGUUAUUGAUAAUUGUGGAACUUCGCUUCAUAAUGAUUUGUACUUGGACAAUAAUGUAAAGCCUGGAACUAAAUGUAUGAUUUUUAAUAGGCGUAGCAGUAAACAGCAAUCCGAAAUUUUAUCACAUGACAGAAAACAUUCUAUUAAAUCGCAUCCAUCACGAGGAACAUCAGGUGGAUCUCAUAAAACAUUUGAAUCAAUGAUUUCUUACCAAGAAGAGAUGAAUGAAAGAGCAGAUGAUAGUCAUAAUGAAUUCAUGGAGAAAGACAAAGGAAUGAUAACAUUUGAUAAAAGUAAUCCAGAAUCUGAAGAUGAAGAAGCGGGAUCAAAUGUUAAAACAUCUACCUCGACCGGUGCCGCAACUUCUGUUGGUGAAGAGGCUAUGUCAUUAUCAACUUCUUUAAGUAAUACUAGUUCUAUUAGACCUUUUAUUCGUAUAAUAUUAAUCGUUAAACCUAUGCGUCAAAUACAUCAAAUUAGUACAUCAUUUCAAUCGCGAUUAUGUACGUUAUAUCCAUUUUCAUUAUAUGAUGCAUUACAACAUGCAACUUUCAACACUUCUUUAUAUGCUUGUUCUCGUCGAUCAAUGCAAAUAUUACAAGCUAGUCGUGCUUACUUUGCUCAUGAGUUGCUUAGGCACUUGCAGGCCAUGGAAAAUUUUUCAGAUGUAAAUGAACAAAAUAUUGAUGAUUUCUUUUUUGAACCGGAUGAACUUCCCAAAGUUCCUGAAGAAACAAAAAAAGUCAAACAGUGUCUUGAUAUCGUUCGUGAUGAAAUUAGCACUUUGAGGCAACAAUGGAAUUCAGCAUCUUGGGUAAUGACAGCUAUUGAAUGGGAUCGUCAGAGAACAAUGAAAUCUUAUAAUUUUGGUGGAAGAUCAUUAGCACAAAAUAUCUCUAGAAAAUCUGUACUCUCAAAUCGUUCUACUUCAAUUCGUUCCAAUACUGGAAGAAGAGAAAGUGAAAGUUUAAGUUUGAUAAAGGCAAAGGGAUCUGAUACUGCAUCUCAAAUUGAAAUUCUUCGAGAUACCAUGUACCAUGCACCUGAUCGCGCAUGGAAUAAUAUCCGUCUUCUAGGAGUUAAUAUACCAAUGUCCGAUAUUAAUAAUGAUGUUGUAAAAAGUAAAAGUUUUAGUAAUAAGCAGAAGAAACAAAAUAGUAAGAUAACUUCCAAAUCUCAGAAGAUAGCAGCCCAAAAACCUAUUCCUCCUAUUCUAGUAUCAUAUUUAUCAUCAUUACCAUCAGCUUCAAAAAAUCGAACAAUAAUAACAUCAUCGAUUGUUGAUAAUCAGCAAAAUAAACAGACACAACAAUCAAAAAAGAAAACUUGGAAAUCUCUUAGAUUAGGUAAACGUAGUCAACAAAAUAAUAGUGAGCCUGAAUUAUUAACAACUUUCAUCCAACAAAUUAACGUAACUAACAAAGAUAAUAAUAAAAUUUUGAAUAAGGAUACAAACUUCAAAGGUAAAGAGGAUGAAAAAAUAAGCAUCAAUAUUUCACCACCCACUAUACAACCUAUAGUUACAACUGAGCCUAUUACAUUGAUUACGCCUUCCUUUAUCGGAUCCAUUCAAGAUCAUAGAGACAUUAAUUCAGAAAUGAAUCAUGAUGUUAAUUAUUCUGAAGAUAUCGAUAAUUCUAAAGAUAUCGAUGCUAUGAUAAUAAAAUCAAUUGAUGCUGAUAAUAAUAUUGAAUUUACUAAUGAUGAACGAGCCAAAGAAAUUCAUGAAUUAGAAAAAGAAAUCAACCAAUUAGAUUCCUUACUGAAUAAUGAUACAAAUACUAUUGACACUGAGAAUAAUCUUUUUAAUAGCGAAGAAGCUACAAAUGUUGAUGGUACCACUGAUCAUGAUACUUUUGAAGCAACUGACGUUCCUUCGAUUAAUAAGGAAACUACCAAGUCUGACAAUAAUUCAAAUAAAUGUGAACCUUUUGAAGAAGCGGGAGAUACCACAGAGAAAAAUAUCACAGGAGAGACUAUUGAAACCAAUGUAGACAUGACAGAAAUUGAUGUGAAAAAUGCUGCUUCAGAUAAUUUUGAUAGAGCUACCGAAGACAAUGUAACAGAUGAUGUUAAUGUCACUAAUUCAGAUGAUGCAGUACUUGAUGCUAUGGACGCUAUGAUAGAUGCUAUUGUUGACGUUAAUGGUAACGAGAACACCAAGCAUUCUAAACAUCCUACCUCUACCGAUUCAGAAAAAUUAUUAUCAAAUGGUCCAUCAAAUGAUUCGUCAAAUGAUUCAUCAAAUACAUUAUCAAACUCUAAUAAUGUUUCAGAGACAACCUCUUCUACUAUUGAAACACCAUUAUCUUCGUUAGCGUCUUCUUCUUCAACACCUAAACCAAAUAUGUCUCCAUCGUCAAAAUUAACAUUAAAAGAUUCCACUCUUAAAAAUUCUUCGCAACAAAAUGUGCCUUUAGUAUCAGACCCAACUACAUCGUAUUCUUCACCUCAACAUGUUGCUCGAUCGAUUCCUCCUACACCUACAACACCAUAUUUCCCAGCUCUUACUGAUUCAACUGAAGAGUCUGUAUCUGUAUUUCCACCAGAAACAGUAUAUGUAAUGCCAGAACAAUCAACAUCUAAUCUCAGCCAUCGAUCAGAACUUGAAUUUGAACCGAUUAAUCCAUUCUUAAUACCACCUAUGUCCACAUCAACUUAUAUUUCACCGGCAACACCUUUACCAUCAACACCUACCACACCACAAUAUUCUCCAUUACAGCUAGAAUCAAGACCAACGACGCCAUUAUUAUCAAAGCUUUCAUUAUUCGAAGAAUUAAGGCAAGCAGCAUUUCAACAAAACUCGGACAAAAGAACAAUAUUCGAAGAAUCGAAUAAAAACAAACAAUUAUUCAUACGAACUCCAUCAUCGCCACCAUCUUCACAAGAUCAAGCUUCACUUACACCACGAGAUUCACCGCCAAUUUCUCCAUCUACAUUACCACCUCCUUCCUUAUUGUCACCCGCAUUUGCGACGUCAUCAACAACAUUAUCAGCACAUACAUCUUAUUCUCAAUCAUCCACAAGUAUUCAUUCCAAAGCAAGAACACCAACUCCGUCACUUAUCCUUCCUUCAUCACAAACAUUGCUAACAAUACCUCGGAGUCCUACAUUAUCUCCUACAUCCUCAACAUCCUCAUACGUUCCUUCAAAUUCAUCAAGGCCAUCAAGUUUAAGGUCAUCUUCGUCGUCGUCAUCAUUACGAACACCAGCACCUCUGUUACCAUCAGCACGUCCACCACCAAUCCCUUUCCCAUCAGAAUGGCCAAAACUUAAGAAAACAGUGCGCCCGGAACCUAAAAAGGUCGAAGCUGAUGCAGGUGAAUUUUUUAAAAAAAAAUCGCAUACACUUAAUCAAUAUACAAAAUUAAUAUCUGAAGAUAGAAAAAACGAUAAUAAUAAACUUAAAGAUGGUAAAAUUGGUGAAAAGCUAAUUGAUAAUGAUUGUGCAUCUUUAAAUGGUGAUAGUAUAAGUAAUAAAGAUACAAUUAUCUCUGCUAAUAAUGAUAUUGGAGUUAUGAACAAUUAA